AGAGUUAAUUACAGUACUGAAAGAGUAGGAUAUAGUGUAAUAAAAGACUGAGAGAACUUAGUGUGCUCUGAAUUGCAGAUUCUGAUUCCUUAAAUAUGUCGAAAGAAGUGAUGGAAGAAGGAGAAUCUGCUGAACAAGAGAGAGACUAUGUGGAGCCACCGCCAGCGCCUUUCAUUGACAUGGAGGAGCUGAUGCUAUGGUCCUUCUACAGAGCUGUUAUUGCCGAAUUCAUCGCCACCCUACUCUUUCUCUACAUCACAGUCGCCACCUUAAUCGGCUACAAGGAGCAAGCUGAUGCUUGCAACACUGUUGGCCUUUUAGGCGUUGCUUGGGCUUUUGGUGGCAUGAUUUUUGUCCUCGUCUAUUGCACUGCUGGAAUAUCUGGUGGUCACAUAAAUCCGGCAGUGACGUUUGGGUUGUUCUUGGCAAGAAAGGUGUCUUUGAUUCGAGCUCUAGUGUACAUGGUGGCUCAAUGCUUGGGAGCAAUAUGUGGAGUAGGGUUGGUGAAAGCCUUCAUGGAGAACUCCUACAAGACACUAGGAGGUGGUGCAAACUCUGUGCAACCAGACUACUCUAAAGGAACUGCUUUAGGAGCUGAGAUUAUUGGGACUUUUGUGCUUGUUUACACUGUCUUCUCCGCCACCGAUCCCAAGCGAAAGGCUCGUGAUUCGCACGUGCCUGUUUUGGCUCCUUUGCCUAUUGGGUUCGCAGUAUUCAUGGUGCACUUGGCCACCAUCCCCAUCACCGGCACCGGUAUAAACCCUGCUCGGAGCUUUGGAGCUGCUGUGAUUUAUAACAAAGAGAAAAUCUGGGAUGAUCAGUGGAUCUUUUGGGUGGGGCCGUUCGUCGGAGCGCUUGCUGCAGCCGUGUAUCAUGAACACAUAUUGAAUGCAGCAGCCAUCAAAGCCUUUGGAUCGGUCACAAGACUCACAGCCAACCCUCCCACCUGAAAAUGUUUUAUUCAAUUAUCUAUUUUUGUGCAAAAAUUUGGGGUUGAAUCUAUUUUUCUUGUGAGUAGUCUUCGAUUUGAUUGUGUUUACUCUAUUUUUUUUUUUUGGGUUAUGUAUAUUGUUCGAUAACUCUUGGUGUUGGGCUGUGGGGUUCUCUUUUUGUUGCUUCACUCUGUAUUUAAAUGUAUAAUUAAGCUUUUGUAGCCUA